GUGAAGAGGAAACAAGCCAGAAGCAGCGUGACGCAUCAACCAAUAAAUAUCGUAUUACUAUAUAAGAUAUCCAUACCCAUUCUCUUUCUUCUUCUUCUUGUGCUCUUCGUCACAAUCCACAACAUUAAUUUAUGGCUCUUCAGUGUGCUUCAUCUCAAAUCCUAAUUCGCAAAUCUGGAUCGUUUCUCAAGUUUGCAAACAGAGAUUACAUGUCCCCACGAACUCGUUUGCCUCUCAGACUCGGAAAGGCCCCUCCAUUCAUACUCACAACCUCAGCUUCCAUCGACAAGGUGUACGAGAAUGAAUCGGAGGGAAUAGUUUGCUACAAAGACGAGAGUACUGGAGAGAUUAUUUGCGAAGGAUACGAUGAAGGGCCUCGGCUUCAACGAAUUCCAGCACCAACCUUUCCUCCAAGAGAUGCUGAGAUCAUGAAUCUUCUGCUUCAACAAAGUUUGCUUCAGAUCGUAAAAGGCAAAAAAUGAACCUCUCGCUUCAACGUCUUUGCCUUCAUCAACACUUCAACUUCGAUGGUACUGAAAUCUGACCCAACCAGCUGAACCAACAACCAUAUAAAUCCUUAUCACUUAACAAAACAAGCUGUGAGUGUGUUGUGAACGUGUGUGUGUUUAUGUAUAAACAAACUAAAGUACACCAAUCACAAGACAGCGCGCACUUGUAAGUUCAAUGGAGCUGAUAAACAAAUUUAAAUGCUUUUUAGGGCAAUAGUUUGUUUGUGAUCCAAGCACAUCUUUUUUAUUGCUAGUGAUUUUUUUUUUCACUUUAAAAUGACAAUUAAAGUUGAGAGUAAGAACUGAGUUUGAAAGGUUAAACUUAAAAGCCUUUUUUGAAUUAAAGUUUGAGCUUGAAAAAUAAAUUUUUUUAAGAUAAUUGAAUUUUUGGGCUUGAGCAGCCCUCCAAACUCGGUUCUAUUUUUUAAUCCAUUGUAUCUUGAAAUGUAUCAUUUGGCAAAUGAAAAAAAAAAAACCCUAAGUAUUCAUCAAUUCUAAGUUCUCUCACUUUUAUUGUCUCUCGACUCAAGUUGUCUCUCUUGCCCUCUCCUUUCCUGUAGCUGUCUCGCCUAUCCCUCUUGCUGUUGUGCUCACAUUUUGACUCUCUGCGUCUCUCGACUUGGUAUUUCCCUCUUUUUGCCGCUCAAUCUUGCAAUCUUCUCUUCUUGCCUUUGCUUGGUGUCUCUCUCUCAUCGUUCUCUUGUUUUGGCCUUUUGACUUUCUUACUCUUAGAUAAUUUCUCUUCUGGCAUAGACCUUUUUUUUUUAGGCUAUAGAUGUUCAAUAUUUCAAUUUGAUGCUCACUCUAAGGAACUCAUUUUAAUUUGAAAAGUCUAAUUCCUUAUCUUAUUCUAUGAGAAUUAUAUCGGUAUACCUCGUGUAUUUUGUUUUUGGAAUUUUGUUGUAAAUUUUAAUGACAUCAACUAACAUGUAUUAAGACUUUUAAAUCUUUUAUUUAUUUUUUAAAUAAUGUGAGACAUUAAUUUAGUUGAAUUUAUCAUUAUUUGUAAUCUUUUGAGUAUAGUUUAGGAACAAAUAUGAUUCUUAACCUUUUAAUUAAACUUGUAUACAAAAAGCCUUCCAAUCAAUAUUUUAAUUUUUAUCAAUCUAGUAUCUUACACAACAAUCUGUUCUUUUAUUUUUUUUUAAAUGUUUGAAUCUAUUUUUUCUUACACAAAUUAUUACAUUUUUUUAUUAUGGUUGGCAUUAAUAUCAUGUUAUCUAAAGCAACAAAUUUUGACAAUGUUGUCUUCUUUUUAAGUAAUGAAGACCAAGCCAAUGGUUGAGAGCAAACUUAAGAAACUAAAUUAAUAAAAAUUAAAUUUAAAAGAUCAAAGUUAAUAAUUGAGAUAAAUUUGAGUGACCAAAAGUUUUAUUUUUUUUUUAUUUUUCACCAUUUAUUUAUUUUUUCUUUGAAUCAAAUUUUUUAGGAGGGAGACUGACAUUGAAAUUAUGAGAUUUUGAAUUUGGACCUCACCAUUUCAUUUUCCUCUGAUUAAUUGAUAGGAAACUUUUUAUAAUUAGAGUCAGUUUAUAAAACAUACGUAGUUAAAGUAAUUAUGACUAUAUUUUUUUUAAACAUAUUUUUAUUCUUCACAAUUAACUUGCUUUACUUAUCUUUUAUACAUUACUUACAUCAACAUUGUUCAAUCACACUUGCACAAGGAGCAGCAUCAUUCAUAGUCCAAAUCUUCCAAAUUUUGUUGGUGAAUUAAAAUAUUAAAGUCUUGUAUUUAUAUUGAAUAAUCUUGAGUAAACAUUUUUUAUUUUUAAAAUGUUUAAUUAAAACAUGUAUUUAAAUUUUUGAUGAUAAUAUAACAAAUCUGUGAUUUAAUUGAGAAAUCAUACAACUUUUUAUAUCAUAUAUU